UAUUAUUCUUAUUAUUAUCAUAUCAUGUUUAUUAAGAAUUGAGUAUGACAACCGCUCGAAUUUCAUUCAUAUUAUAUCGUCGAAUUAAAUUCGCGCAUUUUAUUCGACAAAAACUUCCUAUCCGUUCGUUGGUAAUAUCGUUUUAUUAAAUUAUCUAACAUGUUUUAUAAGCAUUGAAAUUAACGCUAAUUUAUCUUACAGCCUUUAACAUUGCAUUUGUAUUUACAUACUUACAAAAAUCCAUGCACAUUUUCAUGGCUUUUUGACAGAACCAACGUAUCCAAAUUUUUCAAGUUUGUAAUUUACCUUUUCGAACUAUUACAAAUUUUUAUCAUUAUUUUAACGUUAACGCAACUAAUAAAUUAUGGCAAUGUUGUAUAAAAAUGGUAGCAAAUCCGAGACAAAAAUGAACAGACAGUCGAAAUCAAAUCUGGAAGAGAUCGCAGCUAGUAUAGAGGAACGUCAUUGCGAUUUAACAGGACGACACAGAUAUUUGAGGGAAAAAAUCACUACAAUGGAAAGAUCCAUACCAGCACUUAUGGCUUAUAACAUGUGGGUCUCUGGAAAGAGCUGCGACGAUGCACCCUUUUGCAAAAUUCGUGAAAUUAUGAACAAGCUGUCGCCCGAUUUAGACCCUACCGAAAAAUUACUUCGUAAUUUGAAGAGUACCAUUAAGGAUCUCAACAAGGAGACGACGGAGUUGCACGACAAAAUUAUUGACGCUGAUAUUAAAUUGGAGGAAACCGAAAUCGAGUUGGAAUCCCUCGAAUUGGAAAACAAGGAGAUGAACGAUCGCGUUAACGAAAUGGAAAAAGAAAUUCGUAGUUAUCGAAGUACGAGUUUGGAUUCUAUUCAUUCGGAAGAUCUCAUUUGUUUGACAAAGAUUCAUCAACUUGCUAAAGACGAAUUAGAGUUAAAAAAUUGUAUAACAGUAUUGGAAGAAAAAGAGACUUUGUAUGCGGAACAAUUGGAUCGUUUGCUUGCUUCGAAAGAAUUUCAAAAUAGUUCUGGUAACAAUAAGAUGUUGAAACGUAUUCAGGAUCUGGAAAGUAAUGAGAGGAGGAUGCAUUGUGCGUUACAGUUUUACAAGAACAAUGUGCAACGAUUAAAAAAGGAACUCAUAAGGAAGAAGAGUGAUAGUUCUAUAGAUUCAACGACCCCUUUAACAACUUCUAAACAAAUUGCACGAGAUAAAUCACCCAAGAAUGAGAAUAACGAAGGAAAUAAAACAGCUUCUUCAAAAAAAAUGAAAGAUCAACUAACUGAGAUUCCAAAUGAACAGACUGCCAUUAAAAAAAAAGAGAAAUUAGCUUCAGUUAAUGACAAAAAUCACGAAUUAAAAGCAUGUAUUUGUCCAAGGAAGAAUAACUAUGAAAUCGAUUCGACGAUAAAAAAAUCGGCUAAAUCUUUGAGGGGUGCACAGAUAUUCCCUUCUAACGUAUCAAAAUCAAAUUAUGCUCAAUUUUCGCAACAAGAUAAUGAAAGAAUAAAAAAUGAUAAAUGCAAAAUUUCGUGCCAUUACAUUUUGUCGCAGUAUUCGCAUGGAUCAACAGCAGUGAAAAAUCCUUGUUCGAUUAAACUUCCUUGCGAUCAUCCUCCUUGUGCUAUAUUGAAAUCAAAAUGUCCAACAGCUCCUUGCAACUACAAGGUUACAUCUAAUAAUUCUUACAUAUCGUCAUCUUUGUGCAAGAAAUGCAAUUUGACACGCAAUAAAAAUGAAUGUAAAUGCAAUUGCAAAGGUAAAUGUGCAUUCGGAUUAUCCAGUGUGUCCUGCAGAUGCGGAGUCGUAUCAUCUUGUCCAUUGGAUAAAGGAUAUCAACCUGUAGCAAAAUCGGUAUCGCGUAUUUGUAUAAGCAGCAGUGAUAGCGACGACGAAUACUGCGAAUGUUGUUCUUGCGGUUGCGAAGACAGCUACGAAAAUAACUCCUCUUGUUGUUGCAAUUGAAUAUCGAUCAUUGUUGUUUCAUAACAUAUACUUACAUUGUACUUUCUAAAUAAUACUUUUGUUUAAUAAUUCAAUAUUAUCAAAUAACAUUGUAAUAUUAUCAAUACGAGUAAUAUCAAAUCGGAUUAUUCUAUCGGAACAUUUCAAUCGUGACGCAUGCGAUACUUGUUUAAUGAAAAUUUAUUUUCUAUGACUAUCGAAAAAUACAUGCGUAGAAAAAUACGAACGUUUAUGCGUGGAUGUAACUAAGAAAAAAAUUAGCAUUAUAUAUAUCUUUUAGAUAAAGUUUUAUCUAGUCGUUUAAACAACGACUGAAACAAA